AUGUCUAAGUCAGAUGAUGUCCUGCUGAGAAUCAUUGAGGGUCAUAAAGCCACCCUGAAAAAGAAGUAUGAGUGUUUGUUUGAAGGUGUCGCACUGAAAGAAAACCAAACCCUCCUCAACAGCAUUUACACAGAGCUCUACAUCACAGAGGGAGAGAGUGAAGGAGUGAAUGAGAAACAUGAGGUUUUACAGAUUGAAACAGCAUCCAGGAAAUGGGUUUCUCAAGACAAACCAAUCAGCUGCAAUGACAUAUUCAAAUCCUUUUCAACCAACAGACCUAACAGAACUGUACUCACCAAGGGCAUCGCUGGAAUUGGAAAAACAGUCUCUGUGCAGAAGUUCAUUCUGGACUGGGCAGAAGGAAGGACCAAUCAGGACAUUGAGUUCAUGUUGGUUCUUCCUUUUAGAGAACUGAACUUGGUUAAAGAUGAACAGUUCAGUCUUUAUGGACUCCUGCUAGAGUUUCACCCAGAGCUGAAAGACUUGGAUCCAAAGAAAUAUAAUGACUGUAAAAUGCUGUUCAUCUUUGAUGGUUUUGACGAGAGUCGACUUCAGUUGAAUAUUCCUGAGAAGCUGUGUGAUGUGACCACAACAUCAUCAGUGAAUAUACUGAUAUCAAACCUCAUCAAAGGAAAUCUUCUUCCCUCUGCACUCAUCUGGAUAACCUCCAGACCAGCAGCAGCCAGUCAGAUCCCCUCUCAGUUCAUCAGUCGUGUGACAGAAGUCCAAGGAUUCAGUGAUUCACAGAAAGAGGAAUACUUCAGAAAAAGAGUCAGUGAUGAGAGUCAAGCCAACAGAAUCAUCUCACACAUCAAGACAUCAGUGAGUCUCCACAUCAUGUGUCACAUCCCAGUGUUCUGUUGGAUUUCAGCCACUGUGCUUCAGGAAAUGCUGCGUCGAGACAAUGUUAAAGAGAUCCCUAAAACUCUGACUGAGAUGUACACACACUUCCUGCUCAUUCAGACUAAAAUGAAGAAGCAGAAAUAUGAGGAGAGAGUUGAGACAGACUCAAAGAAUCCUCUGGAAUCAAGCAAGGAGAUCUUUCUGAAACUUGCUAAGCUGGCUUUUAAUCAGUUGCUGAGGGGCAAUGUCAUGUUUUAUGAAGAGGAUGUGAGAGAAUGUGGCAUUGAUGUGAGUGAGGCCACAGUGUACUCUGGGAUUUGUACUGAGAUCUUUAAGGAGGAAUCUGUGCUUCGUCAGAAGAAGGUCUACUGCUUUGUACAUCUGAGUGUUCAAGAGUUCUUUGCUGCUCUCUAUGUGUUUAUCUGCUAUGUAAACAAGAAUAUGAAGGCACUGGAGUAUUUUCUGCUAGAAGAGGCCAGAUUACUACCUACCAAAUCUAUGAGACAGAGGGCUUUUCUGCCAAGACAGACCAGAAGGGUACCAAAAAAUGUUCCCCUGGAUGAGUUGCUGAAGAAAGCUUUGGAUAAAUCUUUGAAGAGUAAGGAUGGACAUCUCGAUCUGUUUGUCCGCUUCCUUCAUGGCAUCUCACUGGAGUCCAACCAGAAACUCUUACAAGGCCUGCUGACACACACACACAACAACCAGGAGAGCAUCAAGAAAAUAAGUCGUUACAUCAAAGGGUUAAAUAAAGAUGGUGUCCCACCUGAGAGAUGGAUCAAUCUACUGCACUGCCUGACUGAAAUGAAUGAUCGCUCUCUCCAUGAAGAAAUUCAAGCUUUUGUCAAGUCUGAAAAUUACACAACUGAACUCUCACUUGCACACUGCACAGCACUGGCCUACAUGUUUCUGAUGUCAGAGGAGGUGCUGGAUGAGUUUGACCUGAUGAAAUACAAGACAUCAGAUGAGGGUCGUAGGAGACUGCUCCCAGCUGUGAGGUGCUGCAGAAAAUCUCUACUCAGGGACUAUAACCUCACUCAGCAGUCCUGUGAAACUAUCGCCUCAGCUCUGAAGUCAGUGAACUGCCCCCUGAGAGAACUGGACCUGAGUAACACUGGUCUUCAGGAUUCAGGAGUGACGAUGCUCUGUGCCGCACUAAAGAAUCCAAACUGUCAACUGGAAAUACUGAGACUUGCUCUCUGUAAACUCACUGAACAGUCCUGUUCAUCUAUAGCCACAGUUCUACAGUCAGUAAACUGUCCCCUGAGAGAACUGGACCUGAGUAACAAUGACCUUCAGGAUUCAGGAGUGAAGUUUCUCUGUGUGGGACUGAAGAAUCCACACUGUAAACUGGAGAUACUGAGACUCGCUCUCUGUAAACUCACUGAACAGUCCUGUUCAUCUAUAGCCUCAGUUCUACAGUCAGUAAACUGUCCCCUGAGAGAACUGGACCUGAGUAACAAUGACCUUCAGGAUUCAGGAGUGAAGUUUCUCUGUGUGGGACUGAAGAAUCCACACUGUAAACUGGAGAUACUGAGGUUGUCUGGUUGUUUAGUGACAGAUGAAGGUUGUUCUUCUCUGGCUUCAGCUCUGAGUUCAAACCCCUCACACCUGAGAGAACUGGAUCUGAGCUACAAUCACCCAGGAGACUCAGGAGUGAAGCGUCUCUCCACACAGAUGAACCAACACUGUCGACUUAAGUCAGUACAUGUGGACCAUGGAGGAGAAUUCAGGAUCAAACCAGGACUAAGAAAAUAUGUCUGUGAUCUCACACUGGACCCAAACACAGCACACACACACCUCUCUCUGUCUGAGGGGAACAGAAAGGUGACAUGUGUGAUAAAUAAUCAGUCGUAUCCUGAUCAUCCAGAGAGAUUUGAUGGCUGGUGUCAGGUCAUGUGUAGAGAGAGUCUGACUGGAUGCUGUUACUGGGAGACUGAGUGGAGUGGAGAUGAUGUUUAUAUAUCAGUGACAUAUAAAGGAAUCAGGAGGAAAGGAAACAGUGAUGACUGUGGGUUUGGACUCAAUGAAAAGUCCUGGAGUCUGUGUUACCAUGGUAACAGUUACUCUGUCCGUCACAAUAAACAGAGAACUGUCAUACCUCACCACCCCUCACACACACACAGAGUAGGAGUGUGUCUGGACUGGUCAUCUGGAAUUGUGUCCUUCUACAGCGUCUCCUCUGACACACACACACUCACACACUUACACACAUUCCACUGCACAUUCACUGAACCCCUCUAUGCAGGGUUCACUGCUGGUAUUGAUUCCUCAGUGUCUCUGUAUAAGCAUUUAGGCACUGUCUUCUGA